AAUUGAAUAUCCCAUGCUGGAUUCUCAAUUUUAUCUUUUACUCCGCUUUUUUAUUUUUUUUUCAAGGUGUAGAUUUUUGUCUUUGUUGCGAGGAAAACAAAAUGGUAAAGUAAUUACAAAUCUUCUCAGUGAAGAAAUCUCAAGUCCAGAAGAGAAGGAGAAGAAGAGGGUAAUGUCGGCGUUUCUUAACGACCUGCUGUCCAAACGGACCUCGGUUUUCGGGUUGCGGUUAUGGGUCGUUCUGGGGAUCAGUGUCGGCGCUGCAAUUGUGCUCCUCCUCUUCUUUCUCUCCCUCUGGUUCACCUCCCGCCGCAACCACGCCGCCGUCAACAAGUCAUCUUAUACCACUAAUCUUCUUCUUGCUCACAAAACCCCCGCCGCAAUCAAGGAGACUCGGGCUUCCCGACCCGACCCGUCAAAAGCCCGCUCCCAGAAUCCCGCACAUCCCCUACCCGACCCGGUUCAGGAGUCUGAGGAGGCCAGGCGCAGCUCGGGCGGGCAGCGGAUGGUUAAAAUAGACAUCGGGAAGGGCCACAGGAUUUCGUACCCGGGCAGCGGCGGAUCGAGGCACGAGAGCGGAGAGUCACGGUCUGGCGGAGAUCCGUCGGCCUCCGCCGCCUCCUCCGCGCCGGAGGUGUCUCACUUGGGCUGGGGCCAUUGGUACACUCUGAGAGAGCUUGAGAUUUCCACCAAUGGGUUUGCCGAUGAGCGUGUGGUUGGUGAGGGUGGCUAUGGCAUUGUUUACCGUGGAAUUCUUGAUGAUAACACCACCAUUGCUGUCAAGAAUCUGCUCAAUAACAGGGGACAAGCUGAGAGGGAGUUUAAGGUUGAAGUGGAAGCAAUUGGGCGUGUUCGGCACAAGAGUUUGGUGAGAUUGCUUGGAUAUUGCGCAGAGGGAGCACAUAGGAUGCUAGUGUAUGAGUAUGUAAACAAUGGAAACUUGGAGCAGUGGCUCCAUGGAGAUGUGGGACCCUGCAGUCCUCUUACCUGGGAAAUUCGAAUGAAUAUCAUCCUUGGAUGUGCAAAAGGCUUAACAUAUCUGCAUGAAGGUCUUGAACCCAAGGUUGUUCACCGCGACAUCAAAUCAAGCAACAUUUUGCUUGACAGACAAUGGAAUCCCAAAGUAUCUGACUUUGGCUUGGCCAAGCUCUUGGGUUCAGAGAGGACUUAUGUAACUACUCGUGUUAUGGGAACAUUCGGCUAUGUAGCCCCUGAGUAUGCCAGUACCGGCAUGUUGAAUGAAAGAAGCGAUGUUUAUAGUUUUGGGAUUCUUCUGAUGGAAAUAAUUACUGGAAGGAUUCCAAUGGAUUACAAGCGCCCACCUGGAGAGGUAAAACUUGUUGAUUGGAUUAAGACAAUGGUCUCAAACCGGAACUCGGAGGGUGUUUUAGAUCCCAAGUUACCCGAAAACCCUUCUUCAAGAGCAUUGAAGCGGGCCCUCCUGGUGGCUCUGCGCUGCGUGGACCCAAAUGCUCAGAAGAGGCCGAAGAUGAGCCACAUCAUACACAUGCUUGAAGCUGAUGACUUCCCCUUCAGAGAUGACAAAAGACUGGGAAGGGAUGUUGAAGAGAAGGCGAGAGUCACAGAGAAGGACAUAAUAGCCGAAUCAGGGGAUAGUGGCUAGUGUUUUAGGCAUAUGCCCACACUUGUAAAGGCCGAUUGAUGAGAACAAAAAAUUCUUCAAUUGUUACUACUUCUGAUAUAGACCAGUGUAAAUAUCAUUCAUCCCUCUUUGCCUUUGCACAUACAAUGUUGGCCUUGAUGCUGAAGACUUCCUUU